AUGUCCAAACACCCCUCCUUACGUUAUUACCCGUCUUUUCGGGCUCACAUUCUUCUCGUUUUAGCUCUUGCAGAUCUCAUCGCCGCCACAGGAGAUGAACAGAAGAAAUUAUACAUUGUUUACUUGGGAGAUCCUCCGGCGGAUGAACAGUCUGCCGUUCAGAGACACAUUGAUCUCCUCUCCACCUUGAAAGGAAGUGAUGAGGAUGCCAGGGACUCCCUCGUCCAUUCCUACGAGAACUUCAACGCGUUUGCAGCAAAACUAUCCGCAGAUGAAGCCAACAAGCUAUCUGCCAUGGAAGGAGUUGCUUCCGUUUUGCCUAACAGGCGUCUCAAGUUGCACACUACAAGAUCAUGGGAUUUUAUUGGGUUACCACAAAACGCAGUAAGAAAUUUGGAAGUGGAGAGCGACAUUAUCGUGGGUCUAUUGGAUACAGGGAUCACCCCGCAAUCGGAGAGCUUUGGGGACGCUGGGUUUGGUCCCCCACCAGCAAAAUGGAAAGGAACCUGUGGCCCUCACUAUGCUAAUUUCUCAGGAUGCAACAACAAGCUCAUAGGAGCGAGGUACUUCAAGUUGGAAGGUUUCAACGAGGACAAUGAGGGCGAAAUAGCAUCUCCGGUGGAUGUGGAAGGCCACGGGACACACACGUCGUCAACGCUGGCAGGAAAUGCCAUCGCAAAUGCAAGCCUUUCCGGGUUAGCCCAGGGGGUGGCGCGGGGGGCGGUGCCGUGGGCCAGGGUGGCCAUGUACAAAGUGUGCUGGUUGGGCUCUGAUUGUGCCGAGGUCGACGUCCUUGCGGGGUUUGAUGCCGCCAUACACGACGGCGUUGAUGUUAUAUCUGUCUCCGCCGGCGGCAAUUAUAUUGAAUACACAAAUGACCCAAUAGCAAUAGGAUCCUUCAACGCCAUGAAGAAGAAUAUCAUCACCGUGGCCUCUGCUGGAAAUAAUGGGCCGCAGGCACAAACAGUUUCGAACCACGCUCCAUGGCUUUUGACCGUUGCAGCUAGCGGUGUCGAUCGACAGUUCCGGAGCAAAAUUGUGCUAGGCAACGGCCACAUCAGUUCGGGAAUUGGCGUGAGUACAUUUGAUACAGAGGAGAAAUUAUACCCCCUCGUGAGUGGGGCCGACAUUCCCAUUGGUCCCGGCUAUGAGAAGUUUGCAAGGCUUUGUAUACGGGGUGCAAUUGACCCUGCUAAAGUGAAUGGAAAAGUAGUGUACUGCAGGGAAGAAAUCCGAUCCGACUACGCAGUAAAAGCAGGCCAAGGGAUGGGCGCUAUCAUUGAGAGCUCAGAGUUUCUGGACACCCCAGCAAUAUACGUAGCUCCCGCUACCAUGGUGAAUGCCACCACUGGCCAAUCCAUUGAUGAUUACAUUCAUUCAACCAAAUCACCGUCGGCUGCAAUCUACAAUACCCAGGAAGUGAAGGUCCCGGCGCCGUUCGUCGCUUCUUUUUCAUCUCGGGGUCCCAGUCCCGCAUCAUCUCGCCUUCUCAAGCCAGAUAUUGCUGCGCCUGGUAUCAGCAUUCUAGCAUCCUACACCCCACUGAACUCACUUACUGGGUUGGCAGUUGAUACCCGUCAUUCCAAAUUUAAACUUAUGUCUGGGACUUCUAUGGCAUGUCCGCACGUCGCCGGAGUGGCUGCAUAUGUGAAAUCCUUCCACCCAGAUUGGUCUCCCGCUGCUAUCAAAUCUGCCAUCUUAACAACCGCAAAGCCCAUGAGCUCGAAGGUGAACCAGGACGCGGAGUACGCGUUCGGCGUGGGUCAAGUGAACCCGACCAAAGCGGUCAGCCCCGGCCUGAUCUACGACAUGGACGAGAUGUCCUACCUCCAGUUCUUAUGCCACGAGGGUUACACCCCACCCUCUUUUGCCGCCUUCGCUACUGGUUCAAACUCCGUCAAUUGCUCGAACCUCCUUCCUGGCCGAGGCUACGACGCCAUCAACUAUCCCACCAUGCACCUCACCCUCACCAAGAACGCCACACAGUGGCCCACGGUGGGCGUUUUCCGGCGCACCGUCACCAACGUUGGUCCUCUUCUCUCCGUCUACUACGCCGACGUCAGAGCUCCCCGAGGAGUGGAGAUCACGGUGGAGCCGCCGAUUCUGUUUUUCUCCUAUGCCUUUGAGACUCGAAGUUUCAAGGUUGUCGUAAAGGCCAAACCUAUAACGUCGAGCAGCAUCCGGCUUUUAUCGGGUUCCCUCAGUUGGAAGAGUUGUCGGUAUACUGUCCGAAGCCCCAUUGUCAUUCAUAACUUUGAAUCCUUUAGGCUUAGUGGAUACAAGAAGAGCAUAAAGAAGUCCAGAGGAUCCCACAAGGCCAAGAUGAUGCGUCAGGUAGCAAGUUUUAAAAAUACUGGCUUUGGCUUGUGUGACCACAGGAUAGGAGCCCAAAAAGCAGCUGCAAUAGGAGGGCGAGCAAUGAUAAGCAAUGCAGUGAUAGGCUCAAGAGAAGCUGGUCUGGGGUCCGAGUGCGGCAUAGAUGGAGCUGAGAAGGCGGGGGAAUGUCUGUAUGGGGAAGACUGGGUUCUGGAAAAUUUGAGAUUUGGAGGGAGGAUAUGGGUUGAGCGUGGGAAGUAUGUUGGAAAGGAAAGUGGUUCUCAUCAUAUUAGGCAUGUCUGGUGA